AGCGUGCCCGUACCCAAAAGUGGAGAAGUACGGAGAAAGAGAAAGGAACGAGAAGAAAAAGAAGGCAAUGGUUGCUGCUGAAAGUGACGAGUCAUCCAGCUCAAGCUCGGAUGAAGAAGCUCUCGUCUGCAUGGAGCGCAGAGCUGAAAAGUCCAACCAUGAGGAUAGGUGGACCAUGUCAGAAGAUGACACUCUCUGCCUAAUGGCCAAAGAUGAUGCUGAUCAAGAGGUAACCUCACAAACCUCCUGCUCAUCUUCUUAUGAAAGCAUACCAACUUCUGAAAAUCUUUUUGACCAGUUCAAAAAGAUGAUGAAAGACUUUGAGGAGAUAAAUCUCAAACAUUCUUCCUUAACAGAGGAGAACAAACUAUUGAGUGAAGAGAAUCUCAAGUUGACUGAAGGUCGGAAAAGUCAACUGAAUGAGAUCACUCAACUCAAGACUGAAAAUGAAUCUCUCUCUGAAAAGGUGAAAUCCCUUAACAAAGAACUAGGGACUCUUAAGUCAAAAGAGGCAGUGGAUAAGCUUCUUGAAACGACCAAACAUAAGGGUCGUGAAGGACUUGGGUUUGACUCCUCUAGCUCUAAAAGGAAAGGGAAAACAACUUUCAUCCCUCCUAAACCUACUGCUAAACCAAAUAAGCAGAAAGGGAAGGAAAAGGAAAAACCAACAGAAGUUUCCAAAAAGGUAGUCCCUCCUAAGAACUAUAGGAAGCUGGACAAACCUCAAAAAGGAAAUAAUUUCAGAAGAAAACCUUUUAACCCCCAUUAUACACGAGGCUAUACCCAUUAUGGGGUAGACAGGAGUUUUCCAAGAAAUUCUGAGUGGAGAACUAUGCCAAGAUAUAGUCACCCUCCACCCCAAAAGCUAUUUGUGCCACCUAAGUAUGCUUAUAACCGACACAGGACACACUAUGCACUACCUAGACAAAAUCAUAGGUCUUAUCAACCUGGGUUUGCUAGGAGGAAACAGGAAAUAACACCUCCUGCACGUAGGAAGUUUUAUGCCUACAACCAUGAUUACAAUCCCAACAAGUUUAGAGCUGCAAGGAAGAUUCCCUGCAACUUCAAACUUGAUGAAGCCACUAAGUACCCAGGUGUCUGGUACUUUGACAGUGGCUGUUCAAGACACAUGACGGGUGAUGCGAGCCUUUUGAGCAAUCUAAUUCCCUAUGAUGGUCCAAGAGUUACUUUUGGAGGAAUCAAUGAUUUCGGCCUUACUAAAGGGCUAGGAAAUCUGGUGUACAAGGGACUAACCAUCCAAGCUGUAUCUUAUGUUGAAGGGCUCAAUUACAACCUUCUUAGCAUAAGUCAGUUUUGUGAUAAAGGUUACUCCUUGGAGUUCUGCAAGGACAUGGCAUCUCUUAAGAACAUAUCCACUAAUGAAGUCAUUCUCACUGGGAAGAGAAUCAGGAACAUCUAUGAAGUAAUGUGGGAUAAUGUCAAGGAAGCAUGUCUAAUCAGCAAAGGUGAAUGGGAUGAAAGAUCAACCAAAAUUUAUGUUGAUGUGAAGGAAGAAAUCAAAACCGAAGAUGAAUCUGAAAUGCCGUCGGAUGGCCCUUCCCUGGUCCACACUACCAACCUAAGCUUCACUGUCAUCCUUCCCGCCUACCAUGGUAGAGAAAUGGUUAAAAUGGUAAUGCCAAAGCGCUUCGUGGAUAAAAUGGGGAUUGCAACGAAGAGAUAGAUACCCCUAAAGGAUGAGACGGGAAGGACAUGGCGGAUCAAAAUACAUAAGAAACAUGGCGAGUUUUU